AUGCGAACGAACUCAAGGCUUUAAUAGUAAGAUAGGUAUUUGUAAAUUUCUAUCAUUUUUUCAAGUAAUCAAAGUUAUUCUGAACCUGGGUAACGACUUUAAACUUAAUAAUCAUUAUAAUAAAAUAAAUGGAGUUCUCUCAUUCCGUGUUUGCUGUAUUGUGUAAUGCUUUUGAUACUUGUUACAUUAAUUAUAACGAUAAUUGCAGUUAUCAAAAAUAAUGAAUAAUAAUAGAUAAUAUAUUUAGGCAUUUUACUCAUACUUUUGUUAACAAUACUUUUUGGAUGCAUGAUGUAUAUAAAACAACAAUUUUCCGAACUUUAAACGAAUAACAUUCGAAUCCACAAUGAAAUUCAAAUGAAUAACUGGGUUUAUAUAUCAGCAAGUUACAUGCUAUUUUAAUUUACGACAUAGUCAAAAUUUACUCUUAUCAGAUUAACAUAUUUAUACUGUGUAUUAGCAAUUUUUUUGUUGACCAAGAAUAUUUAAGAUAAGACUUAUUAUAAAUGUUAUGAUAGUAGAAAUGAUCGUACUUAUGAAACUGAUCAUUUAGAUGAAAAUUAAUACUAUGACGAUUGUGUUAAAAAUAAGAUACCUGCUAAAUUUUAAGGACCCAUGCUGAAUGAAUUAGGAAUUUUAUGUGAAAUAGUCUUCUUCACAAUUAUAAUAUAUGAAGGCUUAAAAAUCUCAUAAAGAAUUUAUUUGGCAUGCAAAUAACGUAUAUGGCCUUUAUAUUAACACGACAUCCUAAACACAAGUAAAUAUUCCUUAUAUUGAUUAGAUGUUCCUUAAGUAAUAAUGUAAACUAAAAUAUUUAGUGGGAUCCUUCUUGUUAAUAAUUUAGGCAAAUUUGUGGCUUUGUUGGUAAUAAUAAUUUUAACGCCCAAUACUUCUUCAUAUAUUCUAAUUUCAUCGAAUUUAUUUUAUCAUUUUUUAAUGAUAAUAUUAAUCUUAUCAUUAUUAUAUUUCAUUGCUUCAUGUAAGAUUAUAUCUUAAAUAUUUAUAGAAAACAGUUAUUAAUAAAAUAAUGACAUAUAGUUCGUCGAUCAUUAAGAAUUAAUAGAUUCAAUUUUAAGAUUGAACAAAAUAUAAAAUCAACUAUUUAAACUCUUUAUAUCAACAUCCUUAAUAUUCACAAUUGUUGGAAUGUCAGAGUUUUCUAAUGAGAUGGAAUCAGAUCAUGUAAUAAUAAAUUAUGAUAUCUUUUUGGAAUAUGAGUGUGGAAUAACUUAAUUAAUAUUUCUAGUAUUGAUGUUUAUAAGAUAUUUAAUUAUUCCAUUCUUUACUGAUCAAUAUACCAGAAACUUGACUUAAAUAAAUUAAGAAGAAUAAAUACAAAAUAGAUAAAACCAAUAAAUUGACGUACAAUAGUAAUAACCUCAACAAAGUGUAAAUAUUUAACCCAUAAAUAAUGUUGCAAAUAAUAAUGUUCAAAAUAAUCUAUCAUAAUAGAAGAAGUUGGUACCUCUUUAAAAUUUCAAUAAAAAUUUUUUUUUUAAAGUAGAUCUCAAAGAGAAAACAGAUUGCACAAUUUGUUUACAAUAACUUAUAUAAAAUUCAUUAUAGAAUCCUAUAGUUCAAUUGAAGUGUCACGUUUCCCAUAUCUUUCACCAAAAAUGUAUUUAGAAUUGGUUGUCCCAAACAAAAAAAUGCCCAAUUUGUAACACAGAAUUUGCAUGA